AUGUCUCGAAAAAUUCGACGUAUCGCUCGACCCUUGAAUGCGAGGCAACAGCAAGACGGUUUGUCCUUACUGCUGGUGGUUUCCCGCCUCUUUGGCUUGAUUUAUCUCCCGUUUCUGCUAAAUGCUUGCGUCGCUGCAAUCGAAGACAUGACGGAGGUACUGCCACCGAAAGCCACUUCUGGGCUGGCGACCACUGCAAACCUUGCCAGUGUAGCUCCAUUCGGAGACAACGAAUUGGAUACUACUUACACUUUUAACCCUUCGCCUGCAUUCUGGCGGCCUCUAUCCAGCUUUCCAUCAUCCUCCUUCCCCCCUUACGACAUGGGCCACCAUCCCCAUUCCCCUCACCGAAUUAUUUACGCGUCGUGCAACAGACAGCCAGAAGGCAAGUACUUGGUAAAGGCGUUACUGCAUACCAAGUGUGGCGUUUGCAUACGCAUUCACACAGCGGACCACAUGCAACUCCCAACUGCAAGCGAUUCUAGAAACUUUUUGUGGAAGCUGUCGGAGGGGAAGAAACCAAUUCCUCCCCCGGGCCUCAUCGCAGCAUACAGAAGCCAGCUUGCUAAUAAAGAGUACACGGAAUUCUUGAGAGAAGUCCCAAAUAUUGCAGGAACUUGGGAUGAUCAUGACAUGGGCGAAGAUAAUGCGGACAAAAUGUAUACAUUUAAAUAUGAGUCGAAGGAGGCCAUGCUUAAUUUUCUGGGUGUGGACGAAACUGCUGCCAUUCGAUCGCUGGAUUGGAAGGGCGUGUAUUCAUCUCACGAAAUAUACAUGGGGGAAGACCUGAGUGUCAAAGUGAUUUUCCUUGACCUACGCUUUGAAAAGGAUAGCUGGUGGCUCAUGGACAUGGGAGAUAUGUUGGGCGAGCAGCAGUGGGCCUGGCUGCAGCAUGAGCUGCAGUCGUCGACAGCGGACGUGAAUGUAGUGGUCUCAUCACUGCAGGCAUUCGCCAACCACAGGCAAGGCACAGAAAGAUUGGUGACAGAGACAUGGAGUCACUUCCCGUGGGCACGCGAACGCCUUUUUGCGUUGCUAGCGGGUUCCGGAGCUAAAACGCCUAUCGUACUAUCCGGUGACACGCACUUUGCAGAAUUCGCAGCAAUGCAUUGUCAGAGCCUCCCAGUGGACUGGUGCCUGAAUGAGCCGGAGGCCCGAAGCUAUUUGACGGCUUCCCACAGUCGUACAACUGGUAGUCUGACUCCGCUCCAGCAGGUCCGACGUCUAGCAGAUCCAGAUGCUGAUGAGUUCAAUUUAAAUGUAGAGAAUGGGCAAAAAGAAGGGGCGAACGUCGGCAACGAUUGCGACGCCUCAGAGCAAUGUUGCACCCUACCGCCCAGGCAGUCCCAGCUCUUUUGGUGGAUUCCUCGCCACCUCCCAUUCUUUCUGUUAGCGCUUUUCCGUGCUGCAGCGAUACCAAAUGUGUUUGCUCCAAGGCAAGAGUGGAGGCGCCCACGGGCCCCAGCCUAUCGGGGGGCCUUCCCGCCGCCACCAUUUGCAAACGAUAAUUCCCAGCAGAAUGAGCUGCUCAAGGAAGAUCGAUCGAGUUUGUACCUUUUCGAUAUGACAAGCAGCGGAUUGGGGCAUGGGGUACCCGAGUCAAUAUGCCGAGCAGCUCCAGCAAUGGUCGAGCUUGCUGCUUACCUCCUGACUGAGGGGGUUCCCUUUGCAUCUUCCCUCAAUGCGGAUACUACAGGCCCUCGUUUGCUGUACACUGAACGCAAUUUUGGAGAGCUCGAAUUCAUCGAGAAUCCCUUGCAGUUAAUUUUGUUUCCAUCGGCGAACGACCGUCCCCGGGAUGAAUUAGGGCGGCAAGAAUAUUUGCAGCAACUGUCCACAGGCAACGCUGCAUGGAGAGUUCAGCUUCUGCGUGUUAGAGAGAAACGUGAGGCAUUACGCCGGCUGCAUCGUAAGCUGCAGCAGAAACGACCACUUCACGCGCAUCGGCAGCUGACUCUUAGUCAAGCCACUAAGCUUCGGAUUCAACUACAAACAUACAAGAAGCAGCGCGAGAGCCUCGUGAACGAGUUGAUCUCGAAGCCAGCGCAGCAGCUGGCUAUCGUGGAACGUAUUGUGACUUUAACACGCGACUUUGAAGCAUACACACAGACCGCGGUCGGCGGGAAUGCAAUAUUUUUUCACCGAUUGCUCCAGCUGCACUCUGCCCUGCUUUUGGCGCAUGCUUGUGAAGGCGAAGGCACAGGGCAUUCGGGAAUUGAUUUGCCGCCUCGAAGUAAUUUGUUGUUCACUUCUUGCAGCCUGCUAACUUCUUGGCAGCCCAAUUCUCGGCCGUCGGCUGCUGGAUCUUUCACAGAUGCAACCCUCUGGUGGUUGUGGGAUCGGAUGUUUGGUUUGACUUCACGCCGAGAGGCCUUUACUAGCGCUCUCCCCUUUGGCGACGCAGCAACUUUGCGUCUCAGCGCUGCAGCAGACCAGUUAACACGCAUGGCUGCAACGGCGCGUGCUGCGGGCAUUGCUAGGCUGGCAGAGUCAAGGCGAUUACUUCCAAGUGAAUUCAUUAGCAUUCGUCUGCGUGAACCUGAGUUGUCCCACCCGCUGAGGAUGAAAGGCAACGGAAAAGACAGCCGGCUGCUUCUUCUCUACGUUUUCUCUGCAGCAAGCGACAAGCUGCUUCGACAGGCGUGCUUGCAGCUGCAGAGCUCUCGACGCCAGCAGCAGCGCGAAGAGAUGGAUCAGCUUUUUCAGCGGGGAGUGGCAAACCAACCUGCGGAUCCGUUCGCAUUCGCAGACCUAGGCCCGGAUCUCCAGUUAGUGUGUUCUUUGGUUAGCAUACCCGGAGGGAAACGCCGAAAGAGGCCGUCAGAAACGCGUUUUGCUGCAUCGGAUGCGGCGCAUUUUGCAGCUGAUCGUGUGGCCAGUGCAUUGGCAGAGAGUUGGGUGCUGGUGGAGCUGCUGGAAACAAAAACGUGGAUUCUGUCCAGGACAUUCGAUGCAGUAUCAGGGCGCCUUGCGAAAGAGAAGCUCCUUUCCUCGUUUGCGUCUGAACAGCGACAGCAUCAAGCUGGUAUUGGACAGUGGACAUGUCAAGGGUGGAAGGGCCCCUCCGAAAGUCGUAUGUACUUAUGCCACCUCUGCGUCCUCGGUGCUUCGCUGCUUGCUCUGGCGGCCAUAGUUAUCAUUAUCAUUGUACUUCUUCUGUUCGCCUUCAAGGCAGCUUCGCUAAUCCUAGCUAGCCUGGGAAAACUGUGCCGCAGCAGCUGCGGCAUUUCAAAUGGACAUGCCUAUGGCAGCGGUGAAGGGCGUCACAAGAAGCCCUACAUGCGACGAAAGAUUCUAACGCUGAAGGUGGCAGCCUUUGCUGGAGUGAUCAUGACGACGGAAUCUGGGUGA